GGAUGAUUAUCGUAUAUGGCUAGAAAAGCUACUCGUUCAGCUCUUCCGACAGCUGGACUGGAGACAAAUUUGGGCAGGUCAAAAGCAGGACUGAAUAUGGCAAACAUUAGAAUUGGUUUGGUUCUUUUGUUUAUAUGUUGCUGGGCAGCAAUCGGAGAAGCCAGUACUGUGAAGUACAAAGAUCCUAAGAAGCCAUUGAGUGUUAGAAUUGAAGAUUUGUUGAGCCGGAUGACUCUAGCUGAAAAGGUUGGCCAGAUGACACAAAUAGACCGAACUGUUGCAACUCCUGAAAUUAUGAAUAAGUACUUCAUAGGAAGUUUAUUGAGUGGGGGAGGGAGUGUUCCUGCUCCAAAGGCUUCUGCUGAGGCUUGGGUAAAUAUGGUGAAUGACUACCAGAAGGGUUGCCUCUCUACCCGUUUGGGUAUUCCAAUGAUUUAUGGAAUUGAUGCUGUUCAUGGUCACAACAAUGUCUACAAAGCAACGAUAUUUCCUCACAAUGUUGGGCUUGGUGCUACGAGGGAUCCCGAACUCGUGAAGAGGAUUGGUGCUGCAACUGCCCUUGAAGUUAGAGCAACGGGCAUUCCUUAUGUUUUUGCCCCAUGUAUUGCGGUCUGUAGAGAUCCGAGAUGGGGUCGGUGCUACGAAAGCUACAGUGAAGAUCCCAAGGUGGUCCAAUCAAUGACAGAGAUCAUCACCGGAUUACAGGGAGAGAUCCCUGCUAAUUCUCGAAAGGGUGUUCCUUAUGUCGCUGGAAAGAAGAAUGUCGCGGCUUGUGCCAAGCAUUAUGUUGGUGAUGGUGGCACUAACAAGGGCAUCAACGAGAACAACACCAUCAUCGACCGCAAUGGAUUGUUCCGUAUACACAUGCCUCCAUACUACAACUCGAUCAUCAAGGGCGUCUCGACCGUCAUGGUCUCAUAUUCGAGUUGGAAUGGGCAGAAGAUGCACGCCAACCACGAUCUUGUCACCGACUACCUCAAGAACAAGCUCCGCUUUAGGGGUUUUGUCAUCUCAGAUUGGGAGGGGAUUGACAGGAUCACAUCUCCACCUGGUUCGAAUUACUCAUAUUCUAUCAAUGCUGGAGUUCAUGCUGGCAUUGACAUGGUCAUGGUUCCAUUGAACUACACCGACUUCAUUGACGAUCUGACCCUCCAAGUUAAGAGCAAGGUCAUCCCCAUGAGCCGGAUCGACGAUGCAGUGAGAAGGAUUUUGCGAGUCAAGUUCAUGAUGGGCCUGUUCGAGAAUCCACUGGCAGAUCUUAGCUUAGCAGACCAGCUUGGAAGCCAGGAGCAUAGGGAGUUGGCAAGGGAAGCUGUGAGGAAAUCCCUCGUGCUUUUGAAGAAUGGGAAAUCUGCCGAUAAGCCAUUGCUGCCCCUUCCAAAGAAGGCACCAAAGAUCCUUGUUGCCGGGACCAAUGCCGACAACUUGGGCUACCAGUGUGGGGGGUGGACAAUUGAGUGGCAGGGAUUGAGCGGGAAUGACCUUACCAUUGGAACUACAAUCCUCAACGCUAUCAAAUCCACUGUCGAUCCAGCAACCCAAGUUGUCUUCAAUGAGAAUCCCGAUGCAGACUUUGUAAAGUCCAACGGCUUCUCCUAUGCCAUCGUUGUCACCGGGGAGCAUCCUUACGCAGAAACCUACGGCGACAGCCUCAACCUCACUAUCCCUGACCCGGGCCCAAGCACAAUCAAGAAUGUCUGCGGUGCCAUCAAGUGCGUAGUUGUUGUGAUAUCUGGACGGCCUGUCGUGAUUGAGCCAUACAUCUCCACCAUUGAUGCUCUUGUAGCUGCCUGGCUGCCAGGCACUGAAGGCAAGGGUGUCACUGAUGUUCUUUUUGGUGACUAUGGUUUCUCAGGCAAGCUCGCUCGGACGUGGUUCAAGUCCGUUGAUCAGCUGCCGAUGAAUGUAGGCGACCCACACUAUGACCCGCUCUUCCCAUUUGGGUUCGGACUCACCACAAAGCCAGGGAUGGUGAGGUAGACAUCUCUUGUCUAGCAGAGUGCCCUUUCAUUUUUAUUUUUGAAUCUGUUUAAGGCGGCAUUCGCCCAAGAAAUAUAGCCUGAUUAACUACUUAUCGUUUUAAUUAAUGGAAAUCUCAUUUUCUCA